AUGCCGGUGCCUGUUAGGUACGGGCAGCUCGGGCGCUCUCAGAGCUGGGACGCGGCUGGCUGGUACGAGGGCCCGUGGGAGGACCCCGGGGCUCCAGGGAGGAGGAGUUCGCUGGCUGAUGGAGACGGCGCCUGGGAGGAGCAGCAGGACUGGGCCCCUAGUGGAGCCACCGGGCCCCCUUUCCCGAGGGAGGUCUGGUCCACCACGGCUGCCGGGAGGAAGAACUCAGCCCCUGACUUCACCGUGUUGGGCAGCAGACGGACUGUGAUCUCUUCAGGGGGCUCCCUGCGCCCACCAGAGCGUUACUGUGACAUGCCCGGGGCCGGGCGAGUGCCCCCUGAGCCCCGCCAGCCCGGAGGAGCCCAGACGAUGCCUGGGUUUGGGCUGCUGGGCGGCAGCCUGGCCUGGGAUCAAGUCCUACCGGACAUGAGCCACCUGCCCUUAGGCCCCGGUGGAGAUGAUGGAUUUCCCCAGGCCCCGAGGACACAAAGUCGCAGCCCUGCACCUGCUCGCUACCCUGGGGCACCCCCCAACAGCAGAUACAGUACCGAGGGCCUACCCUUCGCUGUCCAAGCCUACAGCAGCGUGGACUCUAGCAGGCAGCCGGCCCCGACCUGCCUGGUUGUGGACGCUGACAGUGGCAGGGCCCUGAACCGAGGCUUCGGGACAGCCCGGGAUAACUUGCACGGCCCGGCACCCUAUGAGAACUGUGUGGCUGGCCCGCUCAAUGCUCAGGCCCCUGGGGGCAGGAAUGCAGGGCUCCCCAGCUUCCUGGCCCUGCUGCGGAACGAGGGGUUGUCGGAAACCACGCUGGGCACCCUCCUCCAGCAGGGCUUUGACUGUCCGGCCGCCCUGGCAGCCCUGGAGGACGCCGACAUCAAGUGUGUGGCCCCCAACCUGGGCCAGGCCCGUGUCCUGAGUCAGCUGGUCAGCAGCUUCCGGCAGAGCCGGGUGGGACCCCUGCCCCGUGCCCACUCUUCCAGCUCGGGCCACCGCAGCGGUGAGCCCCAGGGAGACGUGGCCCCUCCAGUGUCCCCCCAUCCUAUGGGCCCCACUCGGCGCCCGGCCAGUGCCCCAGACCCGGCGGUUUCCUACACUACCCACUUCUCUGCUAAUGUGGGGUACGGCUCCCCUGCCCCUUGUGCCCUGACAGCCCGGUUGGGUCCCGCCUGUCCACCGCAGGCCGGGUUGGCCUUGGUGAUGGGAUCCCAGGGUCCCCGUGUCCCCGGCACCCGGCCUGCCUACCCCACAGCCUACACGGUACCUAUGGAACUACUGAAGCGGGAGCGGAGCGUGGCUGCUUCACCCCUGGCCAGCCCCCACGGCAGCCCCCAACUUCUGCGCAGGCCUGGGGUCCCCCUGGAGGAGCUGCCACCGGCUGCCCCGGGCCUGCACACACCGCACUCUCCCUACCAGAAGGUGGUUCGGCGCACGGGUGCGCCCAUCAUCGUGUCUACCAUGCUGGCUCCGGAACCAAGCAUCCGCCCCCAGAUCAUGAACGGGCCUCUGCACCCCCGGCCAUUGGUGGCGCUGCUGGAUGGUCGGGACUGCACGGUAGAGAUGCCUAUCCUCAAGGACCUGGCCACAGUGGCCUUCUGCGAUGCGCAGUCCACGCAGGAGAUACAUGAGAAGGUGCUGAACGAAGCUGUAGGUGCAAUGAUGUACCACACCAUUGCACUCACCCGUGAGGACCUGGAGAAGUUCAAGGCCCUGCGGGUCAUCGUGCGCAUCGGCAGCGGCUUUGACAACGUGGACAUCAAGGCAGCCGGAGAGCUCGGCAUCGCGGUGUGCAACAUCCCGUCAGCAGCUGUGGAGGAGACAGCCGACUCGACCGUCUGCCAUGUGCUCAACCUGUAUCGGCGUAACACGUGGCUGUACCAGGCGCUGCGUGAGGGGACGCGGGUGCAGAGUGUGGAGCAGAUCCGGGACGUGGCCUCAGGUGCCGCACGCAUCCGUGGGGAGACGCUGGGCCUCAUCGGCUUUGGUCGCACGGGGCAGGCAGUCGCUGUUCGAGCCAAGGCCUUUGGAUUCAGCGUCAUAUUUUAUGACCCCUACUUGCAGGAUGGGGUCGAGCGGUCCCUGGGCGUGCAGCGGGUCUACACCCUGCAGGACUUACUGUACCAGAGCGACUGCGUAUCCCUGCAUUGUAACCUCAACGAACAUAAUCACCACCUCAUCAAUGACUUUACUAUAAAACAGAUGAGACAAGGCGCCUUCCUGGUGAAUGCAGCCCGCGGCGGCUUGGUGGAUGAGAAGGCCUUAGCCCAAGCCCUCAAGGAGGGCAGAAUACGAGGGGCGGCCCUGGAUGUGCACGAGUCGGAGCCUUUCAGCUUUGCUCAGGGUCCCCUGAAAGAUGCCCCGAACCUCAUCUGCACCCCCCACACGGCCUGGUAUAGCGAACAGGCAUCUCUCGAGAUGCGGGAAGCAGCUGCCACCGAGAUCCGCCGGGCCAUCACAGGUCGAAUCCCGGAAAGCUUAAGGAACUGUGUGAACAAGGAGUUCUUCGUCAGCACGGCUCCAUGGUCAGUCCUAGACCAGCAGGCUAUUCAUCCCGAGCUCAAUGGUGCCACUUACAGAUACCCGCCAGGAAUCGUGGGUGUGGCGCCUGGGGGCCUCCCCGCUGCCAUGGAAGCCAUCAUCCCCGGCGGUAUCCCUGUCACCCACAGCCUCCCCACCGUGGCACACCCUUCCCAAGCGCCGUCUCCCAACCAGCCCACAAAACACGGGGACAAUCGCGAGCACCCCAACGAGCAGUAGCAGAGUGAUAUGCGGGAAGAUCCUUCAGGAACUGGGACCAAGAGAUGCCGGAGGUGAACCCGGAGUCCAGGCUCGUGCCAGGCUCGGGAACUGACCAAACCGCUGCAGCCCGACUGGACGAUGCUCAUGGACUGGGAUGCGGCCCGGGAGCAGCCGCUUCUGUUGUUGUGUGUUAAGUUUCUCAUCUGUGCAUCACAUCACAAAGAGUACAUCACAUCGGUAUUGCCCUGUGCCAGCCGCCCGAGGACACGGCAUGUCCCUGACGGUGCAUCAGCUGUGGGAGGGGAGGCCACGUGCCCCUGAGCCGAAACCCCCC